AUGGCUCUUUCUCAGAAACAGUUGACCUUCAAGGAUGUGGCCAUUGAAUUCACUCAGGAGGAGUGGGAAUGCCUGGACCCUGCUCAGAGGGCCUUGUACAGGGACGUGAUGUUGGAGAACUACAGGAACCUUCUCUUCCUGGUUAUUUCUGUUCCUGACCUGAAUAUUAUUUGCAUUUUGGAACAAGAGGAAGAGCCAUUGACUGUGAAGAGUGACAUGAAAAUAGCAAAAAAAACAAUGGCUGGGGAUGUAUCAAAAUAUUCUCAUCGCCCUGAUAUCUGUCAUAUAUAUGUGAUGAAGAAAUUACAAGCUAAAGUGAACAGUGAUGGAGGAGAAGUAUUCCAAACAGUGAUGUUGGAAACACGUGAAAGCCGUGAAAUAAGAGAUUUUUACUUCAAGGAAAUCCAGGAAAAUAUGCAUGACUUUGAGUAUCAGUGGAGAGAUGAUGAAAGAAAUGGCAAAGGAAUGCCUAUAACCUGUAAAGAAAAUCUCACUUAUAAAAGAAAUCAACAUUGGAAAAGGGAUGCAGGAAACAAGCCUGUUGAAAAUAGGCUUGGAUCAAGCUUUCGAGAUAACCUGCUGAUAUAUCAAACUGAAGGGAAAAUUUAUGAAUGUAAUCAAGCUGUGAAGUCUACCAACAGUAGAGGCUCAUUUUCAGUACUUGAAAGAAUAACUCCUAGUGUCCAGGCCAACAUUUCUAAUAUAUAUGGGAACGAUCUUAUCCAUCUUUCAGGACUGGCACAGGAACAGAAAGCAUACAAGGGAAAACCUUACAAAUGUGGUCAGUUUGGCAAAAUGUUUCGUCAGGGCUCACACCUCACUAGACAUCAGAUAAUCCACACAGGAAAGAAAUCAUACAAAUGUGAUGUAUGUGGCAAGGUCUUUCGUCGAAGUUCACACCUUGCAAGUCAUCGGACAAUUCAUACUGGGGAGAAACCUUACAAAUGUAAUGAGUGUGGCAAGCUCUUUAGUCAAAAAGCACACCUUGGAAGUCAUCAGCGAAUUCAUAGUGGGGAGAAACCUUACACAUGUAAUGAGUGUGGCAGAGCCUUUACUCUUCGCUCAAAUCUCAUCAGACAUCAGAAAAUUCAUAAAAGAAAGAAAUUAUAUAGAUGUGAUAUAUGUGACAAAGUCUUUAGUCGAAAUUCACACUUUGCAAAUCAUCAGAGACGUCAUACUGAAGAGAAACCUUACAAAUGCAGUGAGUGUGGCAAGGUCUUUACUCAAAAUUCACAUCUUACAAGACAUCAGAUAAUUCAUAGUGGAGAGAAACCUUACACAUGUAAUGAGUGUGGCAAAACCUUUAAUUUUCACUCAAACCUCAUUAAACAUCAGAAAAUUCAUAUAGGAAAGAAAUUAUAUAAAUGUGAUGUAUGUGGCAAAGUCUUUAUUAGAAAUUCACACUUUGCACGUCAUCAGACAAUUCAUACUGGAGAGAAACCUUACAAAUGCAAUGAGUGUGGCAAGGUCUUUAGUCAAAAUUCACAUCUUACAAGACAUCAGAGAAUUCAUAGUGGAGAGAAACCUUACACAUGUAAUGAGUGUGGUAAAGCUUUUAGCCAAAGUUCAAGCCUGGUUGACCAUCAGAAAAGUCAUUCUGGAGAGAAACCAUAUAAGUGUUUUGAAUGUGGCAAGGCCUUUAAGCAAUGGUAUUACAUCAAGAUUCACCAAAGAAUUCACACUGGAGAGAAACCAUACAAAUGUGAUGUGUGUGGCAAAGCCUAUAUCGCUCUUUCAAGCCUAACUAAUCAUCAGGUAAUCCAUACUGGAGAGAGACCUUACCAAUGUAAUGAAUGUGGGAAGUCAUUUAGGCAACAGUCUGAAAUCAGGAUUCACCAAAGAAUUCAUGAUGCAGAGAACCCUUUCAAGUGUAAUGAAUGUGGCAAAGCCUUUACUCAGUGUUCAACUCUCACUACACAUCAGAUAAUCCAUAAAAGAGAGAAACCAUAUAAAUGUGAUGUAUGUGGAAAGGUUUUUAGUCAAAAAUCACAAUUUAAAAUCCAUCAGAGAAUUCAUUCUGGGGAGAAGCCAUACAAGUGUCAUGAGUGUGACAAAGGCUUCAGUCAAAAUUCACACCUCGUGACUCACUGUAGAGUUCAUACUGGAGAGAAACCUUACAAAUGUAAUGUGUGCAGCAAAGCAUUUAGUGUGCGAUCAGGCUUAACUUCCCAUCAGGUAAUCCAUACAGGAGAGAAACCACAUAAGUGUAAUGUAUGUGGCAGGGGCUUCAGACAGACUUAUCACCUAGUGAAUCAUCAGAGGAUUCAUACAGGAGAAAAGCCUUUCAAAUGUAAUGAAUGUGGCAAAACAUUUAGUGUGCAGUCGACCUUAACUUCCCAUCAGGUAAUCCAUACGGGAAAGAAACCACAUAAAUGCCAUGUGUGUGGCAAGGGCUUCAGGCAGAGUUCGCAACUCGUGACUCACCGUAGAAUUCAUACUGGAGAGAAACCUUACAAAUGUAAUGUGUGCAGCAAAGCAUUUAGUGUGCGAUCAGGCUUAACUUCCCAUCAGGUAAUCCACACAGGAGAGAAACCAUUUAAAUGUGAAGCAUGUGCAAAAUUCUUCAGCUAUAGGUCUCACCUUGUGUAUCAUCGGAGAAUUCAUACUGGAGAGAAAACCUAA